GACUCGACUUGAGAGGACAAUGCAAGCAGCAAGAUCCGCGUGACCUUUUUUGUUUGUUUACGAUCACCAACUCAAGAAGAGUCUGGACAUUGAAAUUCGACGAACAUCACUUUUUGCGAGAAUUAUUUUGGAUAGCGAGUCAUUUAAGGAGUCAAGAGAUGCAGCUGCGAGGCAAAGAAGGAAAACCCCCGAUUCAAAAGCCGCUGUGCCGAUUGUGCGAGUGUCCGACGUCGGACGGCCACGUCCUCGCGUCGCAGGUGGACAGGUUCAAGCUGAGGAAAUGGGCCAUGAAGGUCAUGAACCUGACGGAAGAAGACGAAAACCUGCCGGACGUGGUCGGAGAAGACGCUUUGAUCUGCUAUUUUUGCAUCUGGCAGGCAGAGUUCGGGGAUGAGUCUGGAGGCGAAGCUGUUGCUUGGUGGCCGAAAAACCUUGAUUUGGAAGAAAACGCAAAGGUGCUUCGCGAGAAUUAUUCAGUUGGAGAAGUAGAACAGUGUUGGGUGCAGUUGGAUGAGAUUGAUCUGCCCGAAUAUGAAAAGGAAAUCCCUAAAAAGAGGAAAUACUUCAGUGGAGUGUGUCUUUACUGCGGCAACAGAUACAACAAACUGAUGCAACACGUCAAACUGAUGCACAAAGAAGCCAUCAAAUGCGGAAUUAAGGGCUGCACAACUUACUUUCACACUGAGAAGGAAAAAGAGCAGCACAUGCAGCAGGUUUCACACGAGAAACGGAACAAACCACAAGAAAGCAGGAAAAUUCGUUGCAAAUAUUGUGAAACCGUCCUUUUUCUUUCCUCGUCGAGUAAUUUGAAGAAGCACAUGUUUCGCAAGCAUCCAGAAUAUCCGGUGGUGUGCACGCGUCCAGGCUGCAACGAGUACUUCAAAACCAAGUCCGAAAUGAUGAACCAUUUCAACUCGUCGCACAAACAAGCCAUAAAUCAAGAUCUUUUCCAGUGCAAGCGUUGCGAUUUUUUCGCCACGAAGAAGUCCAUUUUGAGUCGACACGUAGAGGGGAGGCACAUGCCAAAGAUCUUCAAAUGCGACAGUUGCGACGCCAAAUUCGGCUCGAAAUGGAUAGUGAAUUACCACGUCAAACAAACUCACACGUUCGACAAGUGCAAAUCUUGUGGCCAGGACGUUUCUCUAUCAUAUAAGGUACGCCACAGAAAGCCAAAGUUUUGCUCCAAAUGCAAACUAAGAUUCAAGUGCUCAGGUUUGUAUCAACUGCAUAGGAAGAGCUGCAAACAAACUCUCUUUAGUUGUGAAGAGUGUGGGAAAUCGUUCAUCAGGAGUAGUACUAAAAAUCGUCACGUGAGAGAAGUUCACACCAUUGUAUGAACAUAUUGUCAGGAAGCACAUUAAAAAAUAAAUUUUGACAAAACGAAAUGAAUAGCGGCAUUGUCCAACAUUUUGCGUAUUUAAUUUUAAAAACCUGCUUGAAAAUAUGCGAAAAGUCCUUAAUUGUUGGUCUGUAUAUAGCUCCAAUAAAAUUGAACCUUUUGCAAACCGUAUAAAUUUUUUGAGAAAAGACUUGUCUUUCAAUUGAUUUGUGGCUAAAAUAAUUAAAUUCCUGAAUUACUUAAAAAUUUCCAUUUCGGAUUGAAUUGAAGUAUGAUUAUUUACAGUAAUUUACACAAUUAUAAUUUGAAGACAUUCACAAGUGCGGUUUCCGCCCCUCUUUUGACCUCCCGACGUGCGCUUUCGCGACAAACCUUGUGCAAGCAAGUGUUGAAAUCGACCAAUAAACUCUAACAUAAUUAAGUUGAACAAACACCCUAAAAAAUUAACGUAACCUGUAACCUGACGAAGGGUCAUCGUGUUGAGAGUCUGGUUAUAAAUAUACAAAAAUCACGAGAAAGCCAAUCAGAUAACAGCAACCAAAGAGCGCUGAA